GGAGGACAAAGGAGGAGGACAAAGGAGGAGAACGUCAAUUUUUGUCCUCGGAGGGGAGGAGGAGGAGAACAAUUGUCCUCCGAGGAGAGGAGGAGGAGAAAAAUUUAAGUAAAAAUGAACUUACAUGUGUUGAUUUGACGAAAUGAAGCUCAGCUAGCACCUCGGCUAUGAUUUUCUAGAUGCAGGUAAGGUUCCUUCACGAGAGCACAAUUGCUUAUGAGUAGUGAGGUGAGAAAAUGCUGUGGAAAAACAAUGUAACCAAACUGUAACACUAAAUAUAUAUUAUAAAAAUCAACACUUUCACAAAAAUAUGAGAAUAUAACAAAAAUUUUCACUUACAAUCAAUAAUGUUAGCAGCGAGCUAAAGCUCUGGGGAGUAUCGGCAGUGUUCGCCAAUUGUGAUACACGCCUCCUUUGUGUUUCUAUCUCACUCGUACAAGCAUGCAACAGACAGAGAAACGACUUGCUAUAUAAUCGCUUUUCUCAGUGGAAAAUCAUCAUUCACGUUAGAGAGCUAUCAGUACGCGCUUCUCGACACCAUGGACAAGUCACACCGUGCAUCCUCAUCCUCAUUCUUAUUACCAGACAGCCCGCCUCCGGAGAGGGAGCUGAACUACUGGGAACAGCAGAAGCAGCAGAAGAAGCAGCAGAAAAGCCUCAGCUCAGCUACAACAUCAGCUGUUGCCUCCACCUCUGGCGCCCCCUCCUCCUCAGCCUCAACCUCAGAUCCCUUGAAGAAACAAGGGAUCUUCGUCCAAGAUGAGGAUUCCAGCAUCAUCGUGGGAGACAGCAGCCCUCCCCCGCAAGCUACUUGGGCACCACGCCGAGCAGCGCUCACAUCGGUACCCGCUCCCAAGCAGUCUGUCAAGAGGAGGCUGUUUGUCGACGAUGAGGAGCCUGGCGUCCUCACUCAAUCAAAGAUACGAGUGCAGCUACAGGAGUCGCAAGACAGCUCAAUAAUGUCUCUGUUACGGGAGACGGAGGAGGGGGAGGAGGAGGAUGAAUUGGACAGGGAGACAGACGACUUUAUUCGAAUUAUAAAUUCCAGAUGUGAAAAACCCUGGACGCCUCUGCGGGAAUUGGAGGAGGGGUUACCAUACCCCAUCGUGGACGUGCGGGAGGCGUCCAACCAACAUGGUCGUCGCAUCAUCUUGAAACUAUACACUCCCGGAAUGAGGUCGACUGAGGUUUAUCUUCCGGAACGGUUUUCCGAAAUUGUAUCCUCAAACGAUAUUGAGAAGUUCAAAAAGAACUGCACAAAAUCUUGCCUUCUAGUCAAACAUGUUAAUGCUAGAUGGUCCGACAUAAAGAUUUUAAGUAAAAAUUGUUAAUAAUCUUGGAGCUUAUCUAGCAUUAACGUAUAUAUAUAUAUAUAUAUAUAUAUACAAAACAUUUAUCAUAUUUAUAAUUCACUUGUUAUAUGUAUCAAAUAUCUAUAAUAUCAAUAACAUUUAAAAAAUAGUUUGUUAUUCUAUAAAACUAUAUAAUUUAUCAUAUUUAUAAUUUACUUGUUAUAUGUAUCAAAUAUCUAUAAUAUCAAUAACAUUAAAAAAAUAGUUUGUUAUUCUAUAAAACCGGAACGGUUUUCCGAAAUUGUAUCCUCAAACGAUAUUGAGAAGUUCAAAAAGAACUGCACAAAAUCUUGCCUUUUAGUCAAACAUGUUAAUGCUAGAUGGUCCGACAUAAAGAUUGUUAAUAAUCUUGGAGCUUAUCUA